AUGGAGGUCAACAAAUUGUUUGGGAAGCUUCCCGGCCUAGGAUCCGGUUCAGGCUCUUCUCUUCCAUUCCCUGUGCUCUUGCUCGCUGGUUUGGCAACUGUGACCGCCACCGUCGUAUCUGCAACGUCCAUCCUCUUGCACCUGAAGAACUACCGCAAACCAGUCUUACAACGGAUGGUCGUUCGUAUCAUGGUUAUGGUCCCGAUAUACGCCAUAUCCUCAUUCAUCUCUUUGUUUUCGCUACAAGCGGCGUUCUUUAUUGACGUGAUUCGCGAUAUCUAUGAGGCAUUCGUAAUUUAUUGUUUCUUUGAUCUCCUCAUUGCUUAUUUGGGCGGGGAGCGGUCAUUAUUGAUCCUCCUCCAUGGUCGACCACCGAAAUAUCCAAUAUUCCCUGGAAGCAUCUUCUGGAAAGAAGUUGACGUCAGCGACCCGCAUACUUUCUUAUUUCUGAAACGCGGGGUCAUCCAAUAUGUGCAAGUAAAGCCGAUGCUUGCAUUGGUCACUAUCAUACUCAAACUCAUUGGGAAAUUCAACGAGGGCGACCUGCGCGCGAAUUCGGGCUAUCUAUACGUGAGCAUCGUAUACAAUACGAGCAUCUGCUUGAGUUUGUACUGCUUGGCGAUCUUUUGGAUGUGUGUCAAUGAUGAUCUCCGACCUUUUAGACCAAUGCCGAAGUUCUUGUGUGUGAAAGGCAUUUUGUUUUUCUCUUUCUGGCAGUCCAUUCUUAUCUCGAUCCUCGUGGCGGCCGGCGCAAUCAAGAAACUGGGUCCGUACACAGACAACGAACACAUUUCACUUGGUCUCACGGACACGCUCAUUUGUCUUGAGAUGCCCGUGUUCGCCGUGGCGCACAUGUACGCAUUCGCAACAAGGGACUUUAUGGACCCACGCACGUCAUUCGUAGCGCGGAUGCCAGUGCUAUACGCGUUUCGGGAUGCGUUUGGGUUCAAGGACGUCGUGGAGGAUAUCAAGGCGACGUUGCGUGGGGAAGGGAUGGACUACCGUGAGUUUGAACCGAGCGAGGGAUUCAUACACCAGGGUGCUGGUCGUGACCGGCGGAUCAGAGCCGGGCUUCGGUACAGCCAAGGAGGGAAGAAGAAAUAUUGGCUCCCCCAACAUGCGCCAUCGAUGCGGCCGCCAGGGGUCGUGGAACGACGAGUGAACAAGAUCGUGGAGCGGUUCGCAGGACAAGAUCAGGGUGAAGAAGUGUAUGCGCCGUUACUUCCUGGCCAAGCGGAGGAGGUUGUGCAUACCGCCGAAGACUUGUGGACAUCGCAGGGCGAAGGGCCCAGCCUUUUUGACAGCGACCCAACAGAGGAUGAGGGCUUUGGCCUCCACUUCGGAGACAUUGACGAGGCUGAUGAAGAGCUUUUCGAGCACAGCAAAAAAUAUCUAUUUGGCGACUACCUCUAUCCAUCUGUAGAUGUGAGCUCGGAGGCCGCCCGGCAGUCUAUGUGGGAUGAAGAGGAACGGAUCCUACGGGACGAACGCGGCGCAUACUUCUCGCCCCUCACGCGCCCCGGACGUGCGCUAGGUGCAGCACGGCAGAACUACGGCGCGAUGGGCAACUUCCAGCGAAGCGUCAUACGGGAAAGACACGACUCGAGCGGCUCAGAGUCGGGGCAUGGCAAAGGGAAGACGCGAAUAGAAGGCGGGAUGGCGCAGCGCCAGGUGAUCAUCGACAAGGAGCACGACCGCCUGCCAGAGGCCAAAAUGGGCGAGGUGAAACUCCGGUGGACAAGCAGGGAACAUACGCCGGCGCAGUCUCCUCGCGCGCGCACGCUGUCCGCCAGCGCACAGCCCAUCCUCGCACGGGCGUCGUCUUCGUCGACAUCACCGACAGACAGUCCGCAAAGCCGUCAACCACCGCCGUCUCCAAGGAAGGAGACUGAGCGGGCCGUGUUGCCGCCCGAUGCUGUCGACCUCGUCGUGGAGGACCACCAUGCGGCCGAGGAGGAAAUGACACACGAAAGGCGCAAGGGCGAACCCGCUGUGCGCGGUAGCGCGCUGCACAAAGUGUAUCGGAGGGGUUAUCUCGCCGAAGACGAGCAAGGACAGCGCGAAGAGGGGGAGGUUGAGGUGCAGGAGGGCGAAGAUACCUUGUUUGAGGUGGGAGACGAGGUGGACGAGAUCAUCGGCGCCCAGGACGAAGCUGUGGGUGAGCUGACGGUGGUGACAGGAACGCCACUUGCACAUGCGCGGACGGCGAUGUUCAGCCCGGAAAUUCUCGACGAUGAGAAUCCGUGGGCGUGA